AGGGCAGGGCAAGCAGAGGGAUCAGGCGCAGAGACGGGGAAGAGCAGGGGGCUCAGCGCUGUCUGCGUGGUUGCGGUGGAUGGGGCAGCCUGACACCUGAGGCCUGCAGGGCAGGGGCUGAGGGCAGCAGGGAGCAUCAAGACCCAGACCCUGACGCCCCUGCCUCAAGGCAGCGGGGGAAAUGGCCACAUCAGUGCUUGGCAUGAGCCCCUAGACAAUGGUGUGGAGGGCGGACAGUGGUCUGGGGAGAGCCUGGAACCAGAGAAGGCGGAGUCUGGAGGCUGUGGCUACGCUUGAGAGGAGAGAAGACGGCGGUAGGAGCUGGGCCGGGCUGGUGGGAGGCCAGAGGGAGUGUCCUCAGGAGGAAGAAGGAGCAGGUGGGGCUCCCAGGCUUUCAGCUCAGGGCUCCUGCGGCGGCACCCAGCCAACAGCAGCCAACAGCCCAGUGCGGACAACCAGGGGCACUCAUGGGAGUCUUGAGCUCAGAGAUACAGACCAGUGAUGUGUGUCCUUGAUAACUGGUAUCUUGAGAAGGGGUUUGCCCAGGAGUGUGUGAGGACUGGGAGGAGAAGCAGCCCGGAUGCACCUGUGCCAGCCCUGCCUCUUAGGAGGAGGGUCCUUGGAGGAGACCGAGCAGGAGCCACUGGGGAGGCAGGAGGGCACCCAGGAGAGUGGCAUCAGGGGAGAACUGGUCAAGGGCCAUUUCAGGAGGACAGAGGGGUCCCCAGAGUCUGUAUAGUCGAAGACAAGGCUUGAGUGUGAAUUUGGAUCCAGUGAGGACUGGCCAGCCUGCAGUGGCCUUGAGUGUGAGAGACGGCAGUGAAUUGGGGUCCCAGUGCAGAUGACCCCUCCCAUGCUUGGUUGAGGAGGGGUCAGGGGAACAGGCCAUGUCUGGUGGGGACCUGUGGAGAACUAUUUGACCCAGAAAACGGUGUGGAUGAAUCCAGGACAGGAGACAGAUGCAGCCAAGCCCCUGACUGGCGGAGGGCUGGACCCAAGGACAGGAAGGUGGAGGUUGAAGUCUGCCUAGGGACCGGCUGUGCGGGAGGCUUCCCUCGCCCACUGCCCAGCAAUCCCGUGAGGCAACAGCAGGGGCUGAGGCAAGUCCAGCUCACAGCCGGGGAGGAGAUCAGGGAUGGGGAAGGUCAGGAAGACGAGUGGUUGGGCCAUUGCAUCAGGCCCAGGGGGACAUAAAGGAUGGUCCUGCAUGCUGGGAGGAGGCCGACUUGGGGACCAUGGAGACUCAGAGGGCCAGCCUCGCCCUGGGGCGGUGGCCACUGUGGCUACUGCUGCUGGGACUAGUGGUGCCCUCGGCCAGCGCCCAGGCCCUCAGCUACAGGGAAGCUGUGCUUCAUGCUGUGGAUCGCCUCAACGAGCGGUCCUCAGAAGCUAAUCUCUACCGCCUCCUGGAGCUGGACCCGCCUCCCAAGACCGACGAGGACCCGGACACCCCAAAGCCUGUAAGCUUCACGGUGAAGGAGACCGUGUGCCCCAGGACAUCGCAGCAACCCCAGGAGCAGUGUGACUUCAAGGAGAAUGGGCUGGUGAAACAGUGUGUGGGGACAGUCACCCUGGACCAGUCCAAGGACCAAUUUGACAUAAACUGUAAUGAGCUUCAGAGUGUCGGGAGAUUUCGCCCACCAUUCUUACCCAGGAGGUUCCCUCCACCAAUUUUCCCCGGUAGACGGUUCCCUCCACCAUUUUUCCCCCCUGGACCGUUCCAUCCACCAAUUUUCCGUCCUCCAGGGUUCCCUCCACCAAUAUUACACCCACCACUAUUUCCAUUCCAACCGCGAAGGUUUCCUGGUAGACGGUGAACAACAUGCAGAUAACUCCCCCAAGAGAGCUUUUGGUGAAUCGGAAGCCCAGGGAAGAGUUCUUAGAGUCUGCUUUGCCCUGA